CUCGUCCAUCCGUUCUCGAUUAGAUUUGUUCAACGUAAGCAUUUUGUAGCGGUGGCGACGGUGCGUCGCAUAUAAGUAUUAGUAUUAAAGUAGCCUCUAAAUCGGCAUUACGUCUUUAAUUUCUCCCUUACAUAUAUAUGUACCUGGUGAAAAUCCCAGGGUAAUCUAGUGGCUCCCGUAAGAAAAGCAAAAGUGGCGCAGCCUGGUGAGGAUUUUCCGGAAAAAAAUCCGUAGUUUACGUGGUUUAGGAAAAUCCAAAACGAACCUCAAAAUUUAAAAUUCUUUUGCGUCGGUCAAGCCAAGAAAAGCAAUGGGAGUAGCGGUGAGGGGGUGAGUGAAACUUUUCGCCAAUCCUUGUUCCAAUUUCCCGUACUUUUCAUAUUAAUAAUUAUUAUAAGUAGUUGUUAUUGUAGAGAUCAAACCUUGCUCACUAUAACAUUGUAUUGUAACGCCUGAUAUCACCGGAUGGACUUAUGCGGUCUUAUCUCUAUUCUAAGAAUAUGAAUGUGCACAGAGCACUUACGUACAUAGAGACUUCAUUUAAAUGAAAUAAUUUUUUUUAAAUUUGUUGAAAAUAUAUAAUUGUAAGUUAAAAGGAAUUGAAUAUAAUUCAUUGAGUUUUAUUAUUUGAAAAAAAAAUACAUAAGUUUUAAACUUAUCUUAUUGUAGCACACUACACUUUUACUCUAUAUUUUAUAACUUAUACAAAUUUAAUUUCUAAUGCUAUAAUUUUAUUUUAUUUUUACAUUGUGUUUUUAUUGUGUGUUCUACUGUGUUAAAUGUGUGAUUAUACUUGUAAGUAAAAGUGUUUAUACGAAAGCCAGUUGCAUCCUCUGAACAUUUCAUUACUCUAUCAUCAUGGAAACAGCGGCCGUCUCAUCCGUACCUAAAGAAAUUGUGCAAUUAAUCCCUUUGUUUGGUGGUGAUAAAAGACAAUUAAAUCUUUAUUUGCGAAAAUGUCAAUAUGUGAUUGAUCGGUUUAAGGGGAGUGAUGAACAAAAUCUUUACGUUUUUAAUGUUAUAACGAGUCGCCUGAAAGAUGAUGCAGCUGCGCUUCUCUCCGAACGGGAGGACAUUGUUACGUGGUCCGCGUUAAAAGAUUUGUUAAUACAGCAUUUUGGAGACCCGCGUAGCGAAGCUUGCAUAAGUGUUGAGUUAGAGUCAUUGAAAAUUUAUCCGGGUGAAAGUUUCCUCGACUUUUGUAAUAGAAUCCAAACUGUGCGUUCGUUAUUGAUGUCCAAAGUAAAUGCAUGCGACGACUUGGAGAUGAAACGUUCCAAGGCAAUUAUAUAUAAUAACACAGCUCUUAACGUGUUUCUGUAUAAUCUUCCCGAACAUAUGGUUAGAGUUAUUAGACUAAAGGCACCCACUUCCUUAGAAACGGCCUUGAGUAUGGUGCUCGAGGAAGUGAACUUCACGGAACAGUACAAGACGCGUAAUCGUAUGCAUGGUAAUAACCAAUUUACGAGUUCGGGUUCAAGGCCAGCGAUCGCCCAACCGUUUGGUUACAAACCCCAACUACCACCUCAUUCCAAAUUCAAUUUUAAUAACGCUCAAAUGAAGAUGCCUCAAAUGCAAGGUCAAGGUCAACCACCAAAACCAGUCAUGGGUUAUAGACCCCAAUUAGGUUUUCAGCCACAACAAUUUGGGAUUAGGCCCCCACAUAAACUUGGGUACAUGUCCCCACAACAAUUUGGAUAUAGGCCUCAACAACAAUUUGGGUACAGGCCUCCACAACAAUUUGGGUACAGGCCUCCACAACAAUUCGGGUACAGGCCUCCACAACAGUUUGGGUACCGACCCCCACAACAAUUUGGGUACAAACCCCCGCAGCAAUUUGGGUAUAAACCACCACAACCCCAACAACCAACUAACGACGUAUCCAUGAGGACAUCACAGCCUAAAAUGCAACAAGGUUUUAAGUUAAACGAAUUAACUAUGACUAACGAGGAAGACAACUUACCUUAUGAAGAUUAUUAUGGUUAUGACUAUGACGAUCAAGAUAAUGUUUAUGACCCACAGUUAAUGUGUUACCCGGACUAUAAUAUAGAAUGUGAAUAUGCGAACGAACAGACAGAUGAACCAGUUUCCAACAGCAAGCCCACUGACCUUGAAGAAAAUAAUGAAGAAAAUUUUUGCAUAGCAGCCUCGAAGGAAAUAGAGAAAGGAUAGA